AUGACCGGCUACGACAACGAUGGCGGCGACCACGGCGACCGCGAAGACCGCAAAGACGCGUAUAAACCCCGGGCGACACUCACUUCGUGCGGUGCGCGACAUUUCGGUGAGCAGCGUUUUGAACGAUUCUCUGCCGUCGGUAUCGUAAAAGCUCUUGUAGAUGGGCUUCAUCCCCAGAGCAAUGUACACGGCAGACAGCGUGAAAAAGCACUUGGAGUUGCCCACAUGCAGAGAUUUGAUACCGUGGUUGUAGUACAGCAUACCGACCACGUUCCAGCCGAACCUGUGCAGUAUGUGCAGGAAGGCUUCGCCGACCAGCUUGUACGAGCCCAUCAUCCUGGUCAGAGUCGGGUACUCUUCCCGGUCGUCGAAGUUCUUGACCAGCCCGCCAGCGGUCAGCACCGGUAUCUUCCACACGCCCGCGUACCUCGCCACGGGCGCAAUCACGUAGUCGCACACCGGUCCCAGGAACAGAUCUGA